UGUCAUCCCAAAUUCUCAACAUUUUCACCUCAAAUAACAAUAUCAUUGUGUGGGAAAGAGAGAUUUACUCUUACCCAUCCAUACAUAUCUCCCGACAAACUUACUAUAUAAAGCAACUAGAGACAUGAUUCAAACAACAUGUUUAAUUAAUCAGGUGCAUAAUUAAUCAUCUGUUUGCAGGGAGUAAAAUAGAGAACCCCAUUUUGUGCAAUAUAUAUUUGUUUUGUGAAAAAAAAUGGGCAUGUCUACCAAACUCCCUAUCACCUUCAUUUUGUUGUUGGCUUUUGUGUCCACAACAGCAGCAUACAACAUCACAAAGCUCCUGGAAAGAGAUCCCAAUUUCAGCAACUUCAGUGAUUUGAUCACCCAGAGUGGCGUUGCUAAGGAAAUGGGCACCCGGAACACGGUCACCGUUCUUGCCAUCCCGAAUGACAGGAUUGGUGACUUGGCCGGGAAGCCGCCAGAUGUGUUAAAGACUAUCCUUAAGACCCACGUCAUAUUGGAUUACUACGAUCUCUUGAAGCUCGAAAAAUUGAAGGGCAAGCCAACCAUCAUGACGACUAUGUUCCAAGCGACUGGGUCCGCGAUAUACCAACAGGGUUUCUUGAACGUCACCAAAAACAGCCAGGGCACCAUCGUGUUCGCGUCCGCCGUGCACGGGUCCCCACGCGACGUCACACUCUUGGGAUCCGUGCUGACGCAGCCUUUCAACCUGUCGAUUCUAAGCGUGUCGGGACACAUCUUGACUCCCGGAGUGGAGGAAUACACGUUUACUCCACCCCCGGCACACGCGCCCGCGCCUAGCAAACCUAAGGCAGUGCCAGCUCCGGAACCAAGCGCGGAGGCUCCGUCCCCGGAUGAAGCGGCAGACGCUCCCACCGCGGAUUCGCCCGCCCCGACCCCGGCCGAUGCACCCGCUCCUGCUGCCGAUGCGUCUGAUGCCCCCUCUGCUGAUGCACCAACCGCAGAUGAUGCCGCUGAUGCUAAAUCAACAAAGAGUGCGAGUUCAAAGCUCUUUGUCUCUGGCGCGCUUGCUUCUUUCCUUGUUGUGAUGGCUUCCGUCUUCGCUGCUUUCUAAAUGACGAAAAAAAAAUAUUUAUAUACCGCAAUUAGGAAAAUUAGGUAGGCUAAGAUUUGAAUUUUGAGGAAAGGGAAAGGAAAGGGAAGGAAAGGAAAAGGAUAUCCUUUGAAGAAGGCUCGAGGAAGAUUGAAAAGGAAGAGGUUUUUGGAAAAAAAUUUUCAAAGUAUAAAAAAGCUAAAUAAAUUGCGUGAUUCGAUCUUAUCCUAUCAUACUACUUAUUAUUAUUACAUGAAUCAGUAAAUUAUUUUAGAACGUAUACACUAUGCAUAUUUAUGAGAUGAAGUACCUAUGAUUAACUGACAUGUUUAAAUAAUGAUGGCGAC